CUUAGGUGCUCGACCCCAUAUAAGCGCUUGACCAACUGCUUGAGUGCUUCUGUCCCUGCUCAAGCGGUCCUUGCAUUUUUUAAAUAUUAAAUAAAAUAUUUUUUAAUUCCAAAAAUAUAUAAUGAUACUUGUUUACUUAACUUGUUGUACACUUUCUGAUUGAGUGAAUAACAAUUGAAGCUGUAAGCCCGAAACCUCCCAACCCUAGACCCCUUCAACCUAAGAAAAAAUACGCUCUGGUUCUUUGACGUCUCAAGUGGAAGCCCUACUACAUGGAUUCGCAGACCCCAAACACUUCUCUGCAACGCCUUCAAAAUGUUGAAAAGAGAAUUAUUAAGGUUUUGGAACUAGCCGGAGGAGUGAUGGAUGAACUCUGUAAUCCUUCUGGUCCAAGGAAGGAAUUGCUCAGUAUCCACUGUGGCGAGUUCAUGCAAUUAAUCAAGGACAUCCAAAUGACCCUGCGGGAUGAAAUCAAAAGUGCAUGUGAGUACCGUCCAUUUGAGAAGUGCGAUUACAUUUCAAGAAUAUCUAAUGAGAUCUGUUGCAAGAAGCUGGAAUAUGUCAUUUCACAGUUGGAUGGAAUGAAAGAAACCAUUGAUGAAUAUCACGAUGCAGUUUGAAGGUUCUACUGUAGCAUUUGCAAGUUACUCUAUUUCUCCCUUUGUAUUAGAUAAAAGAGUGUAAUAAUUUUACAAUUGUGAGAUCCAAUCCAGACUUGUACUUAGAGAUACAAUUAUACUGAAUUCAAUACAAGAAUCUGAUGUCUUCCCUA